AUGUCCCAAACAUCAAUCGAAUUAGUAUCUCAUAGGGCCGAAUCACAAGAGAAUAGCCUUGACGAAGGCUUAGAAUCUCGAACCACAGACGUCGAGUUCUCACUACCUCCCGCCGACGGUGGAAGGAAAGCCUAUUUAUUCUUGGCCGCAUGCUGGGUUGUUGAAGCUGUAACAUUUGGCUUUGGAUUUUCGUUUGGCGUCUUCCAAGAAUACUACAGUCACAAUGAACCAUUCGCAGGGUCCAGCAAUAUCGCUGCCAUUGGAACCACCACCACGGGCAUGUUGUACCUUGGAGCCCCUUUCGUCGUCAUAAUAUGCCGUUUCUACCCCCGUCAAGCUCGAUGGUUCACCUGGGCAGGCCUUGUGGUCACAUCCCUCGCCAUGGCAAUGAGUUCCUUUUGCACCACAGUACCACAACUCAUCGCAGUCCAAGGCGUACUAUUCGGUAUCGGUGGCUGCUUCGCUUAUUGCCCCUGCACUCUCUACAUAGACGAGUGGUUCGUGCAGAGAAAAGGUUUCGCUUAUGGCAUCGUCUGGAGCGCCGCUGGAGCCGGAGGCGCCAUACUCCCCUUGCUCCUCCAAGCUCUUCUGGAAAAAUACGGGUUCCAAACAACCGCGAGGAUCUGCUCAGGGGUUCUGUUUGGAAGUGCAGCUCCGUUGGCGUACUUUGUCAAACCAAGACUUCCUCUUUCAUCUACGAUUAAUAGGAAACCUCUGAAUAUGCGGUUUGUCACGUCAAGGGUGUUUAUGCUGCAUCAGCUGGUAAACGUGGUUGAAGCUACUGGUUACUUCCUCCCAACCAUCUAUCUACCAACUUAUGCUCGAACAACGUUUGGUACUUCUGCUGUCUUGUCAGCUCUGACUGUUAUUCUCGUCAACAUUGCAGCUACAGCCGGGUUGAUGAUUAUGGGAUUUCUCAGCGAUAGGCUCGCUGUCACGACAUGCAUGCUCAUAUCAGCAGUUGGUGUGGGCAUUUCUGUCCUGCUAGUCUGGGGGCUUACAGCAUCUCUACCGGUUCUUUACGUCUUUUGUAUCAUGUACGGCCUAUUCGCUGGGUCUUGGGCAUCGAUAUGGCCUGGCAUCAUGAGAGAGGUGACUCAGAAAUUUCAAGACCAGAACGAACAUAUUGAUCCUGUCAUGGUUCACGGUCAUCUUUGUGCGGGCAGAGGAGUAGGAAACAUUAUCUCUGGACCCUUGAGUGGUUCUCUCAUCAGAGGUCAACCGUGGCAGGGAAAGGUUAUUGGAGGUUAUGGAAGCGGUUAUGGGAUCUUGAUCUUGUAUACUGGGUUGACGGGUUUGGGAAUCGAAAGACUCAGGCCAAGAGAAGAAAUUGCACUCAAGGGAGAUUUCUGGCUGAGAGGAAAUCACCGAGAUGGUUUGUGGUGA